UCUGUUUUCAAGAAUCCGCUCUAGUUCUUCAUCAAGGUCUCUUCUUGAUUCAAUUCUGCUUUAGGGUUCUCUCGGGUUUAGUCGUCUUCUACCCCAAUUUCUGCAGACUACGCUUCGGUGUUCUUGUUUCUGCAUAAACGCGGUUGCGAUUAUUUCUGGGUUUUUGCUUCGAGUCGCUCAAGGUUCCAUUAGAGAUUGAGUGAGGUCUUCUUGGUAGUGAAGAAAAGGGUUGGCGAAAAAGAUGGAUAUGAUCAGUAGUUUACCAGAUGAUCUUAUUGUUACUCACAUAGUCUCCUUCCUCUCGGCAAAAGCGGCUGCUUGCUUGAUGUGUACCUCCAAGAAAUGGGCGAAUCUGCUUACCGUCUUACGGAGUGCUGCUUAUGUUGGUUGCUACUCGUUUGAGCCACGUCUCAAAAAUUUCGCUGAUGAAUUAGCAUCGGCUCGAGAUGCCAUUCACCGUUUGAGGAGAUUCUCUCUAAAGCUGGGGUCUUUGGAUUUUGCUCAGUAUAGUACUGUCAGCGAUUGUUUACGAGAUGCGUUCAAGUGUGGUGUCUUCGAUCUUGAACUGGACGUCAACUUCGAAGGAGAUUUCAUUGAUUACUCACUGCCUUCUGAGAUCUUCACUUGCAAGAGCGUUGUGAAAAUGAAGCUAGGGUCUGGUUUUGUUAUUGACAUUAUCCCUAGUAAUGCUUUGCUUCCUGCUCUUAAGACUCUUCUUCUUGAUUCAGUUCGGUUCGAUGGUAUUGGUGGUUGUGCGUUUACAAGGCUUCUUUCUGCUUGCCCUGUGCUUGAGGAGUUAGUCAUAGAUGGAUUUAACUGUGAACUUUGGAAUUGGUCUCACACUGUGUCUAGUCAGAUCCUUAGAAGACUUACUAUAAGGCGUGCAUAUUCAGAAGAUGAAGAUUAUCAUCAAGAAUAUGAGUUUGAGAGAAUUAGUUUUGAUACUCCCAGUCUUGCCUACUUAGAAUACGAUGAUUAUAUUCAUGAAGAGUUUCCAGUUGUUAAUCUCGACUCCCUUGUUGAAGCGACCCUCAAUUUUAGUCUGAUGACUGCUUCGGAUGAAACCGAUCCAACGAAUCUGUUCAAGGGUUUGGAAAAUGUUCAGAUUCUGCGCUUAGACACUGUUGACACGAUGCAGGUGUUCGAGGCCGGCAUUGAUACAGCCACAGUGUUUGAAAACAUGUCUCAUUUAUAUAUGCCAACUGAAGCAGAUGUUUGCUGGGAUGGUCUAAAAGUUUUUGUUACGAAAUCUCCAAAUCUGAAGACUCUGACCAUUGAGGCUUUGCACUAUACUUAUGAUAGCGAUGAAAAAGCAGUUUGCGAAUGCUUAGAGGACUAUUCUUUCCUUUUGACCUGCCCUGUUGAGAUCCUAAAGAUAACCCAAUUCGAUGGAUAUGUCGGAGAAAUGGUGCAAGUAAAGCAUGUCUUGGAGAAAUUGCAGUGUCUGGUGCUGUUGGAAGUUCAUGUCCAGGCAACAAGUGAUGAAAAAAAGCUGCAGAUCUUGGACGAUCUCUCGAUGCUUCCGAGAGUUUCGUCCAAAUGCAAAGUCGAGGUCAAGUUCGGUUAUACAAACUAGAGUCUGUUUGAGCCUCACAACAUAUACUUGUGAAAUCACAGACGUGGUUCCUGGUUUGUUGACAUUAGAACUAGUGUUAUUCUUUUUGCAUCUUUCGUACACAUGCGUGAUAUUUUGUUCUGAAUCGAACAGUUAGGAGUUUUUGUCAUCUCUGACUUUAGUAGUUUGUUUUGUGCCUAGAACACUCUUGAGUUUGUAAGUGACAGGCUGAGCUAGUCUACUGUUGCUAAGAGGUAUAGUUUCUCAGAUAUAUUCCGGUCAAGGAGGAUUUAACAUUCACAGGGAUUUAGUUUUGAUUGCUUGUUUUUAAUUUUAAAUGUCUCAAAAUAAAUGAACUUGAUGAGAAACAGUGUUAAUUAAAUCGUUGUUAUAUGAUCCUCCUCAAUUUUGAAUCUGGUUCGGUGUGUUUGAAACCGAGUGCAAAUAAAACCAAUUCAGACCAAGUUAAUUGCAACGAUACUAUGAAGACCUGCAAAGGCUACACAGAGAUUAGUCCAAAAAUUAAAUAAAAAGUCCAGUAUUAUUUUAGACCCGCCGGUACUAUACUGUAUUUGGAGAGAAGUUCCACCGGCGCGGGUGACAGUUGGUGACUCCGAUUGAGCAAAUCGGCGUUUAAUGAUACCAAUCGAAGAGUAUAUGCUUCACUAAAUCGGCGUUUCUCAUGAUUUCUCGCUAUUUUUAUUUUGGGUAUGGAGCUUGGGAAAACGUUUUGAUGAUGGUGAGAUAUAUGUUCUGCUGCAAGAGAGUGUUGUAAGGACACCAAACCAGUACUUGAAGCCAUAAAGAACAAAGGCAUAACAACCAUUGGAGCUGCAGGGAUGUGUUGGGGCGAAGUAGUGCGUGGAGCUGUCUAAACUAGAGCUUAUUCAAGCAGCUGUUUUGCUUCAUCCUACUUUUGUUACAGUUGAUGAUAUCAAGGGUGGGAAGGCUCCAAUUGCUAUAUUGGGAGCUAAAAUUGAUCAUUGGACCUCACCAGCACUCGGGAAGCAAUUUGAAGAGACUUUAGCAUCCAAACCCGAGGUAACCUAGUUACGUGAAGAUACACCCGAAAGUGUCACACGGCUGGACAGUCAGGUACAACAUCGAUGAAAUGCUUGAUUGGUUUGUGACUUACCUCAAAUUUAGUCAUACACAAGUUUUUUCAAAUUUAAAUUUUUAGAUCCUCAACUAGUUGUUCUACCAUUGGAGUAUAUAAAAAA